GAUCCUCUUAUAGGCGGCCGGGCUGCGUGACGCACGGGCCCGGGCGCCCAAUGGGAGCGGCGCGGGCCCCGCGACGGGAGCCCGCCGCGCUAUAAAGAGGGGGACAGCGCCGGGAAGCGCGAGCCGAGAGCCCUGGACGCGGAGCUGCCCGGCCCCGGCCCCGGCCCCGCGCGCGGACCCGCAGCUCUCUCCCCCGGCCGGCCGGCCGGGCGCACGCACGGAGACCCGCAGCGCCGGACACUGCCCGGGCCCCCUCCCCCGGGGGUGGCGCGAGUCUCUCCUGCCCUGCCCUGCCCAGCCCAGCCCCCAAGUCCCUGGGCCGAUGGAGAAGGGGAAGCUGGGGGCGCUGCUGGAGCAGCCGCCGCGGACGGCGAGCUGCAAUGGGUACGCGCUGCUGGAGGAGAAGCCGCCGCCGCCGCCGCCGCCAGCUCCGAGCCGGCCCCUGGAGAAGCCCCGCUACGCUCAGGGCACCAGCUCGCAGGGCCUGGACAGCUGGAAGGAGGAGAGGACCCGCAGCGAGGAGGAUAACGAGAUGAACCUGCCCAACCUGGCCGCCGCCUACACCACCAUCCUGCGCUCGCUGGGCGAGGACCCCGAGCGGCAGGGGCUGCUCAGGACCCCUUGGAGGGCAGCCACUGCCAUGCAGUUCUUCACCAAGGGCUACCAGGAGACCAUCUCAGAUGUCUUAAAUGAUGCCAUAUUUGAUGAAGAUCAUGAUGAGAUGGUAAUUGUGAAGGACAUAGACAUGUUCUCAUUGUGUGAACAUCACCUGGUUCCAUUCGUUGGAAAGGUACAUAUAGGUUAUCUUCCUAACAAACAAGUCCUUGGUCUCAGCAAGCUUGCUAGGAUUGUGGAGAUAUACAGUAGAAGACUACAGGUUCAGGAGCGCCUUACAAAACAAAUUGCAGUAGCCAUCACAGAAGCCUUGCAGCCUACUGGAGUUGGAGUGGUUGUUGAAGCGACACACAUGUGCAUGGUAAUGCGCGGGGUGCAGAAGAUGAACAGUAAAACGGUCACUAGCACAAUGUUGGGUGUAUUCCGGGAGGAUGCAAAGACUCGGGAAGAGUUCUUAACCCUCAUCCGAAGCUGAAGCAGUGCCACUCGCUGAAUGCUCUCUGCAGGUCGCACUGUCCGUGCCACUGUCUGUUCUUAACUCUUUGUGCAGCUCGUUUUUAACUAAGUCAUGCGUUCUAAUAUGUGCAGUGAAAGAAUUUUGACGGUAAGUCAAAAAUGUAACCGUGAGGUAGGCCCUAUGGAUAUCUAUGCUGUCUCUUGUGUCACAGGAUAACCCAGCUACCAAUAGUUUUUAAAUAUACUUGCUCAAUCUAGACUACAAUUUAUUGCCAUUGAGAAAAACAGCAGAUAGGGGGAAGUGAAAAGAUGUUCUUUAUCAAUACUAGAACUUUGUUUGGCAGGUUAUGUACAACACAGCAUAGGAAAUAUUGAAAGGCUACAGAUCUUUGCAAGGUAAUCUACGUGCCACGUAUACUGCCUCAUAGGAAGCUCUUGAAUGAUCUCCACUGACAUGUCAGGAUUCGUACUGUACCAUUAAUUGCAAAUCUUCUGAUAUGUCGGUUUCAGUCUUUGAACAUGCAUGUCCUACCUUUUUAUGUGACAAUCUGGUGACUGUUGUAUUUUCUUGGUAUUCACCUUCUCUCUCCUUUGUGGCUUUAGUCUGUUACAAAGGCAUAUUGUUAUCUUGCUAGUCUCAACAUGCAGGGAAUUAAUUUCAACAAUUCCGGGGGGGGCAGUCUUAUCUCUGCAGGGGUUUGUGCACCUUCCCCUCUGUGCCUCAAAAUGAGAGUGCUUCAGUUAUAAUGAUAUAAUAGUCACUUUUUAUAUAAAUUACUGUUUGAAUUUUCAAAGAGCUAAUGACUCCAAACAGAGUUUUAACCAUUUUAUAUUAUUUUGAGUUUGCUUUCCUGGAUUUUCCAGGUCUUAACUGGGCUAGAUGACUAAAUUACACACACACACACAAUAUUUGAGUAAAAAGUUCCCUUAGGAAAACUACACAUGGGGAAAUUAAUCCAGAAUAAAAUAGGUUGUGAAAUUAAAAGUGAACUAUUCCUGAUUAACUACACAUGUGUACAAUAAGAGUGCCUUAUUCCAAAUUAUUUUAAUCCACUUCCAUGAUGCUCUUAUUGUGGAAUUAAUCAGGACUAGACAAGCUCUUCCAAUAUUUCAAACUUGUAAUCUUUUCCAACUCAGUGGAUCAAAGCCUGGGAACUGAAGUGACUGCUGAACUCUGCCUACCAGACACGUCUUUUCUGAUGGAACAAAAUUCCAUGUCCGUGUAGCCCUGUAAAUACAUUGAUGUGAACUGUUCAGUUGUUGUUCCUCUUUCAUGAGGGCAACUGAGCAAAGUACUUCCCAGGAGACCAAAAUGAGUUAAACAUAUUUUCUGAAACCUCGGCCUGUGAAGCAGGCAGUUAAUGGGACUUGAUUUAAUGUAUUAAAUUAUUAGGAAAAUGUAAUGAGUGUUUUGUAACUCUUAAUUGGGACAAUAUGGUGCACAAAUCAAAAUCAUCCACUUGCUUCUAAAACCAAGGGCAAGACCCACAAAAUGCCAUGCAGACUUUCAAAGAGCCAGAGUCCAAAUUCAUAUAGCACACUGUCUCUCUCGGUGUGAAUGUAAAAUCUCUACUAUAGGCUAAACUAAAAGGUGAGCUUUGAGCUUGAGUCAGCAAAUUAUUGCUUGUUAAUGCCCCUUUUCAUCCUGUGCCAAAAGGAAACUAAAAGUAUUUUAUCAUCAGGCCUGUAGCUCUGCAACAGGGUGAAUGUGAUAAUCAAACGCUGCCCUUCCCUAAUUGUCACACUUCUAUUGCCAGCAAUCCCCCAAAAUGCAUGGAUAAAGCCAGUGUCUGUACAAUAUUCUCAAAACGCUAACCUCACUACUCUAGUGUAAGGCACUCUAGAAGUGCCUUUUCUAUUACAGCAGGCAAACUAUUCUGAAUCAAUCAGUGUUGCACAGAAUAAAUCCAGAGUUACUCAUUGAAUUCCCUCCCUCCCCCCAAUAAUAUUGCCUCAGAUCUACAGCAGUGGUUCUGGGAGCAGCACUGGGUCCUUGAGUUCAAUAUAUUUUUUUAAAUAUGCUAAUUAAGAAGCCUUAAAUCACUCUAGUCUGGAAUGCAGAGUCAAUUUGUUCUCUCUCCUAGUGCAAAAAAGAAAAGGAGUACUUGUAGCACCUUAGAGACUAACAAAUUUAUUUGAGCAUAAGCUUUCGUGAGCUACAGCUCACUUCAUCAGAUGCAUCAGCUCUAGAAAGAACUUGAGUACCAAAGCAUUUUACACACAGAUACAUUUUCCUGUGAUCACAUGCUUGCUUUGAAACUGUCAAGUCUCUAAAGCACAGUCUUUGGUCAGGUCUACGCUACAACGCUGUCGAUACAGCCCUGUUUGGUCAGAGGAGUGAAAAAACCACACCCCCUCGCUGCUGUAACUAUGCUGGCAAAAUCUCCAGUGUAGACACAGCCAUGCUGACAAAUGUAGGAUGGUCUUUAAAUUAUUGGGAUGCCACAACAGAGUCGUUCUGUCGGUGGUGUUGAUGUCCUUGGGGGAGGGAUAGCUCAGUGGUUUGAGCAUUGGCCCGCUAAAUCCAGCGUUGUGACUUCAAUCCAUGAGGGAGCCAUUUAGGAAUCUGGGGCAAAAAUAAGGGACAGUACUUGGUCCUGCUGUGAAGGCAGGGGACUGGGCUCGAUGAGGUCCCUUCCAGCUCCAAGAUGGGUAUAGCUCCAUAUAUAUAAUAUAUUUUUUUAAAUGUCCUUCAGGGAAAAGUAUUGCUAAAUGACCAGGAAAACUCUGUCAGUAUAUACUGUGUCUAUACUAAGGGGAUAUAUCAGUAUAGCUGUAGUGGGAGAGCCUGUGUAGGGUAGACUAGCCCUUACUCUUCUAGAGGUAACAGAAGGGGUUGUGUUUAACUACUUAUCUCUAUUCAGAAUAAAGUCCACGUUACACCACCACCCUUCAUUAUUUACGUCAUCAUGAUCUGUAGUCCUUGAAACGUACUCUAUGUACAUGUGGCCUUGGAUUUUGUUCAGAUGCUUGUAGGAUUUGGUGCAUUUUGGAACACUUUGUGACUCCAAUGAGUUUUAACAACAUCUGGUGUAUAAUAUACACUGCACAGUCUGCUAUUGUACCCCAUAAAAGUCUAUUGAGUUUAAAACA